UUUCCAACUUGAAGAAGAACCGGAAAGUAUACAGACAACAACCAAACAGCAACAUAUUCUUCCUAGCAGACAAAACUCAAACUCUCUCCGAAUGCAAAAGUAUGUUCCUCAGAUAUAUUUAUAUUUUAGACAUUUUAGAAUAUAUAACUUAAUAUUAAAUAUUGUUCAGUGAGAUGAAUUGACAUUUUUGUUUUCACACAGUGGGGUUGUAGUAUAAAAGGUUGGCAUUUUUGUAUGCUCAAUGGAUUAUUUUUAUCUGAAGUGAUAAAAUAAUGCUACAUGUUCAGAAACAUAAUAUGUGCAUCAGAGGUGGGUUGCUACCGGUUCGGGCAAAUCGGUAGUAGAAAUUGGGACUGGGUUGCCAAACCGGUAGGGACCGGUAGAGUCACGCAUGCCGUUGCUGGCAUGUUUUUAGUCAUUUUCUAAUGUUCUGUGCAUGCGCAGAACAACUUACAGGCAACUGCGUAUGCGCAAGCAACGUGCGGUGCGUGCAAGCGAAGCAAGCAGUAACACCGGCAGCAACCUACCCCUGAUGUGCAUAUGCAGGUAGUCUUCAUUUAACAGUGGUAAUUAAGACUGGAAUUUUGAUUGCUAAAUAAUGCAGUCCUAAAACACAAUUCUAAAUAUAUUUAAAAAAUAGUUCUGUAAUAACUGGAAGGUCAUGUAUUGCUCAUCCUUUCCCUUUGGGAAUGAUCCUCAGUUCUGUAAUGCUACAGCAAAGAAGACCCUUUCCUUUAUCAUCAUGUAACUAUGGAAAUACAUAUCCAAAAGCCUCCCUGAAAAUCUUCAGGAACGUAUCUCGAGCUUUUUGGAACAUGAAAGUUACAUACUAUUGUUUAAGUUAAUAAUGUUAAUUAGGCAACUCCAAAACUCAGUAUAAUAAUUUUCCAUCUACCUACACAGUUGUAAUUCUGUCAAUUUGAUUUUGAGCUAAUUGAGGAUAUCGCAAUCAAGGUUAUAGAUCAAAAUUUUAAUUACCGUAUAUUUGUUUGGCAUUUACAUGGAACCAAAAGAUUAAUGUUUAAAUAGACUAAAAAAAUCAGCUAAAUAAUAUAUAACGGGGGGAUGUUUCAUUAUUAAAUAUGGUUUUUAUACAGAUAAGGAUCUGAUAUUUUAUUUCAGUUAUACAUGAGGCAGUAAAUAUUCUGAAGGGAGUUACUGUAAUUAAAAAAGGACUGCUUUCAAACAUUUGAAUUAAAUGGUAGUGCAUUAUCUCUAGGGAGAGUUUAUUUCAUAAGCCAUGUUGACAGUUUGUUCCAAUAAUAAUGCUUUUUCUUACUGCUAUAUUUUCCAUGUCUAUCAAAGGCAGUAACAGCGAAGAAGACUUCUUCCAUUCUGUGCUUUGGUUGAGGUGUCCCUGAAUAACUGACCAGAUCAAUGGUUUCGCUAGGGAGUGAAACAUAUGCAGCUGAUAUUUGUUCGUGCACUGGAUUAGUAUAAUUGAAAGGACUGUAAGGCAGAUUCUUAUGUAUGGGUUAUGGUAAACGUGUACACUGGAGAUGCAUUGAACUUAAUUGUAUUUGUAUUUAUAAGCUACUUUAAAUAUUUGCAUGAUUCUCUACACCAUUUAAUUAAUACGUUGAAAGCAAGAUAUUCUCUCCCCCCCCCAGUUACUUUAGAUGAACUAAAGAAGGCUCAUCAAGAAAUAGAGAACCCAGAAAAGACCAAGACCAAGAAAUAAAUAAGUCCAGUACAAGUUUACAAUGUGUGGAAUUUGCUGUGUGAUCAGCUUAUCUGCUUAUGCCCCUGGAAGUAGCAUCUUGGAAGAAGAUAUCCUAAAUAAUCUUAAAAGAAGGGGGCCCGAUAGAAGCCAACAACUGGAAAAGGCUGUAUUUCAUAUUCCAUAUUGGUGCUUAUUUUCUGGCCAUGUACUUCAUUUAAGGGGGCCAAUGACUUCACAGCCAUUGGAAGCCUCUGGUAAUGUAUUCCUUUGGAAUGGAGAAAUCUUCAGUGGGAUUUCUAUGGAAAGGGAAGAGAAUGACACUCAAGUUAUUUUUCGCCGUCUCUGCUCUUGCAAUAGUGACUCUGAUUUUUUGACAGCCCUGUCCUCCGUUCAAGGUCCAUGGUCUUUCAUUUUUUAUCAAGCAUCCAGGCAUUGCUUAUGGUUUGGCAGGGACUAUUUUGGCCGUCGAAGUCUGCUGUGGCAGUUUAAUAAAGAGGGUAAUGCUGUUCUUGCACUGAGUUCUGUUAGUUCUGCCUCUCAUCAUCCGUGGCUAGAAGUUCCAGCAUCGGGGAUUUUUCAGAUGAAUCUGCAGGAUUGUGUUGCUCAUAAAUCUAUUACUUUAAUGUUACAUCCUUGGAGAUUUCCUCCCAGACAAAAUGUAGUUGGAGAAGUAGCCCCUGGAGAUUUAAGCAUGGUUUCUAAAUCUUUACCUGCAUAUGUGUCUCUUGUGCUGAAGAUAUCCACUUCUUUGAUAGCUCCUGUCAUUCCUUUAAAUAAGGAAUUUUCUGACAUGACAGUAGAAUCCCAAUCAUUUAGUUUUCCCUCGACUAUCGCCGAUGUGGAAGUUCUUCAAAAAUUCCUUACAGAACCUCACAGGAAGGAAAGAGUCCAUCAGUUUAUUGAUGUAUUGAGUAGAGCUGUAAAGAAACGGGUUUUAUGCCUAAUGAGAAACAGUCAUCCAAUCAGAGAAGAAACAUCAGAGAAAGACCUGAAGAAAUCGUAUAUUGCCAUACUUUUUUCUGGUGGCCUUGAUUCCAUGAUUAUAGCUGCCCUUGCUGACAGGUAUGUCCCCUUGGAGGAACCAAUUGAUCUUCUCAACGUGGCCUUCGAAGUUACAGGCCAAGGUACCCAACACAAUUCCAUUAAGAAAUACAGCAAAGAGAAGAAACAGUUUCCCCCUUGUCAGGAAUAUUUAAAUGUCAAGAAUACUGCGACCAGUGACUCUUCUUCUUUUAAUGCUCCUGAUAGAAUUACUGGCAAGGCAGGAUUAGAAGAAUUAAAGAUAAUUAAUCCUUCAAGAACUUGGAAUUUUGUGGAAAUCAACGUUACGCUCGAGGAUUUAAAAGCAAUGAGAGUGAAACAUAUAAGACACUUAAUUUAUCCACUGGAUACUGUUUUGGAUGACAGUAUAGGUUGUGCCGUAUGGUUCGCUUCCAGAGGAGAGGGUCUGCUUACCAAUCAGGGAGCCGUUCAACCAUAUAAAAGCCCUGCAAAGGUUGUCCUUACAGGAAUUGGAGCAGAUGAACAACUUGCAGGGUAUUCCAGGCACCGAGUUUGCUUCAAAAAAAGUGGUUUUGAGGGUUUGACUGAAGAAUUAAGAAUGGAACUAAGUCGUAUUUCUUCUAGGAAUCUGGGUCGAGAUGAUAGAGUUAUUGGAGAUCAUGGCAAAGAAGCUAGAUUUCCCUUUCUUGAUGAAAAGGUUGUGUCAUUUCUUAACUCGCUUCCUGUAUGGGAAAAAGCAAACUUGGCUCUACCUCAUGGGAUCGGAGAGAAAUUGCUCUUGCGUCUAGUAGCUGCUGAGCUUGGUUUGAUGACCUCUGCUGUUUUGCCAAAACGGGCCAUGCAGUUUGGUUCUCGAAUUGCAAAAAUGGAAAAUACCAGUGAAAAGGCAUCAGACAAAUGUACAAGACUUCAGACAGCUUCAAGAGAAUAAUUUUAGAUAUAUAUAUAUAGUCCACAGCUACUUUUUCAAGAGAUUUUUUUUUUUUGCUUAACAAACUUCAAAGACCUUGGAUACAGUUACACUAGGAUAGGAUUCUGCACAUUUAAUUGGAAAUAAGCACCAGAGUCUUUCUAUUAUUUCUUAAAAUGUUAUACAUAGGAGCAGGGGCUUCCCAUUGAGGUAAGAAUUAUAGAAAUAAUCACUAAAAUAAGUGUUAUAGUUACAUCAUAACUAUUUGGAUUACCUGCAAUAAAUUUUAUCCUAUAUGUUUUUGUCACAGAUUUAUUUAUUAAUAUAUUGGAUGCUAGUUCAAAGAAAUGUUAAUCAAAUCAGUUUCUUCGCUUGUUGAGGUUCCACAAUAGAAACUUGAAGCUACUCAAGGGAUUAAGAGUUAGUGGCCCUCAACUCUCAGUAGGAAUAAAGGGACUGGGAUAUAUUGUAAUAUUUUAUUUAUGAUUUAUUUGUAAUACUAUAUUUCUACUCAGAUCCAAUACCCGGACAGUCAUGUAUUAGCAAAACAAUCUGUUGUUUUGUUUCUCUAAAUAAAAUAUUCAUGGUACACAAACUGUCUCUAACCCUAUACAGACUGCUGUUAUUCUGUAUCU